AUGCCGACUCACAGCGGCCGCUUCGAUACUGUCGCGGGCCUUCUCGCCGCGACGCCGCCUCGACUUCGGCUCCUGGACAGCUCGCUGCCCGACGACGCCGAGCGCGCCGCUGUGCGCAGCUGCUGCGCUGGUACGCUUGCGUCGUGCAUCGCACAGCUCGACGCUGCGAUUGCACCGCAUGCCGUCCGCAUGAUGGACGGGAGGCUUCCGACAAGCGACGCUUUCCGUGGCGACGACCACGAUCUCAGCAAGCUGAAGGCGCUCAAAACUGUCGCCACGAUGGUCCUGCAGGACGGACCGAUGCUCUAUCGCGAGGCCUGCGCGAGUCUCGUCCACGCGCGCUCCACCUUCUUCUCGGACCUCAACGCGGCGCUCGAUGCCGAUGUCUUUGAUUCUGCCUUUCGAUUCAGAUCGCCGUCGUGGCUCGCGAAGCGCGCGGGGCAUGAGCUGUUGGCGCGCGUACCGCUCUUGGAAGCGGAGGAGGAGGCCCGCAAGAAGAAGACGAAGGCUGAGCAGGAGGCCGCGGUCAAGCGCAAGGCCGACCAGCAGGAGAAGGCGCAGAUUGCGGUGCAGCGGGAGGCGCUCGCGAAGGCGGCGAAGCGCGGGCUCGGCGAGGCGUGGGCGGCCGUCGCCGCGAAGCAGGGCGAGUCGGUUGGCGUCGACGACCACAAGGUGCCGCCCAACGAGACCGACCAGGUGCAGCCGAUUGAUCGCGGCAUGGGGCGCCAGAUCAAAGUCUACCUCGGGCAGCUGCUCGAUGAGUGGCUUGACGACGAGGACAACCUCGAGAAAUGGGAGUCGAACAAGCUGACGGCCUCGGACCGCCGCAUCCUCCUCGCCCACUGGUUCUACAAGGCCUCCAUGAAGGCGCUCCAGGGCGAGGCCAAGCGCAAGUACUUCGAGCACGCUCUGGCAAGGCUGAGCGAUCCCGAGCUCCAGGGCGCCAUCGCCGUGCUCGGCGGCGCCGCCAAGGGCGCGAAAGACGCGCUCACAAAGGACUAG